AUGAAGAGAUCGACCCAGCCAAGUGGCUCCACUCCCGGGAAACCGGCUGGUAAAGUCAACAGAACUGGAGGUCAAAAUAACAUCAAAUCGAGAAAGAAUUUGUUUAAUUUCAAGCCAGAAAAGGUAAAAAGAGUCGAAUUACACGAAUUCCUUCUGAUUUUGUAUUUGAGUCAGUUAAAUGGUCUUUUUAUAAGAUACUUAUUUGUCAUUAUUGAAGAAUGUUUUUCACGUGUGAAUAAAUUAUACAUGUACAAAUGUAGCCUCCAACAAGAGAUUGGCCAGUAUCCAUAGAUUGUGGAUUAGAAUCCAUUAUUUCUUGUAGUUUUACUCAGAUAACAUUAGCAGUAAUUUUAUGUUUUCACACUCGCACUGUGAUGAAAUGAAACAUUUGACAAAAUUUUAAAAAAAAAAAUCAUAAAAUAAAGUGUGGCUUUAGAGAUGUUACACCAGCCACCUCCACCACAGGGUUUAUCAAGGAUGUCUUUUUGUUUGUGUGUUUAUAUGUAGGUUUACUUAUGUUACCAUUUAUUUAAUAUCUUCAAGGUCCCUCAUCCACCUCAGUCCCCAGUUUGGUCUGUGGAGGAAAGGCGAGCAUUGGUUGAGUAUAUUGCUCUAUUUACCCCAGUGGAACAAGAUCAAUUGUUUAAAUGGCCUUCUUUCAAAGACAUCAAUUUCUGGGAAAAAUGUGCAGAUGCUCUGGCCUGUACAACUGGAAUGCCACGACGAUCAGGUAAACAUAUUUCACUCCAGGCCGUAGUAGGGCAUAAUUUUUGGUCGGCAGGAUAAUAAUUAUAUGCAAGAGGUUUGUCCCCUAGUGGCGGUGGUGAUAAUGAUGAUGAUAUUGAUGAUGUCUGGGUUGUUUGCUCUUAGUCAUUCAAAACAUCAGCUUUUGAAUACAUUGAUAGUGUGCGAUCUCCUACACAACUCAACUAGUUAUUUUAUACAAUGUAAUAACUCUGUAAUGAAGAGAUUAUAACAUAGUGGAGCAGGCCUGAUAGUGGUUUGUCUUAAAAUAGGGUGGAGGGAAGGUAGCAGUUGCUGAAGGUUUUAGUUCAAAAGGAACUUACAGUGGCUUACAGUAAGUGAGGUGAAACAAACCGAUUUAUAUUUUCUUUUCUUUUCAGGGAGUGCAUGCCGUUAUCAGGUCAACUCCUUCCUGCGUAAAAGGUAUGCAACACUGGAGGAAGCAGAAGAUGACCUCCAGGUCAACUAUUUUAGUGGUGGAUUGCAAGACAUUCAUUAUGAAAAUUCAUCAACACUAACAUCUCCUGGGAAUGUAAAUUCGACUCCACAGGCGAUGCUUGAGAAGAACACCCCAUUAUCUCCAAUAUUGGCGCACUCUCCACAUGCCAAUUCAACAAACCAUGAGACAUACAAUCAUGGAGAUACCAUUGCCAAGGUUAUUAAACUGUUGACAUUGAUGACUUCGCGUAUGAGAGGGACUUGA